UAUGUCUUGUCUCCUUUCGAAUGCCAUCUUUCCCUGAAAUCACUACAGUUCCAUUCCUCCAUAGAGUGACUCAAAUAGGGCCUCAGUUUAUGCCAUAGUUCAUGGUGUGAAUAUUGGGAGUCUUUAUGUACCUACUAAAUGGUCUGAGCGGGUAUAGCAAGGAACUAAACAUCUACAAAAGUAUUCCACAACGCUAAACUCUCGAUAAACCCCUGCGAAUGACAUUUUGACCCAUUAAGCACUGAAAGCGAGCUUAACAACUACUGAACAAUGGACUCGACUCAAGCAGCCUUGCCGGAACCAUCUUUAUUGGAGGUAUUUCGGUUUCAGUGCCCUAAUGCCUAUUUCAUGAGUUCAACCAGUGCUAUGCCCAUCGUGGGGAUAAGUGUCAUUCAAUAUGCGAAAGACCUUAUUGAUAGCCGAGCACCUGGCUUCCUUCGAAUUUUCCUCCCAAGCUGGGAAAAGUACGGAUCUGAAGGCAAGCCCCGAAAUGAGUACGAUACUCUAUAUCCGCUGGCUCAUUUGCACAUGGCCCAGGAAGUUUAUUUACGUCUCUUUCAAAUUGUUCAAUAUCUCCAUGUUAUCAGGCGUAUGCAUCUUCUGAAGCUUGAAAGAAUGCGCGGCCAAAGGAUCUCUCAGAAGCGAGGUCAACGCAUUGAUGGCCUUGCCAUCAACCUUACACUGGCUGAAAUGUACAGUGAUUGGGAGACAGUCAGAGAAGAGUCACGAUCUGCGAGAAAACUACGGUUUCGAAAAGAAAACAGGCUGGCUAGAAGAUGGCUAUUGGUGGCGUUUCGGCUCUCCUUUGGCGCGCUUCUGGUCUGUUCCAAGAAGCUCGAACGAGAAAUAAACAACAACCAUACUAAAGAAAGCCAACUGAUCUCUCUGGCUACGAACAUUGCCAAUGACUUUCCGGAUGUUGUUGAAACCUACCAGCAUCUUAACCUGACGGCAAUGUGUUUGUUAAACCAGAGACCAAUAUCGCAUACUACUAACCUUGACUUAAUUGUCAACCGGGUAGAUGCGCACCUAAAAAAAGCAAGACCAGCCGAAACCACCCCUGUGGAUUUCCCAUUUUCCACAUACCCCAAGGAGGAAAGCAAUAGCGAAUCGUCACUUAGCAAUGCUGCUCGCAACUCUUGAGCCUCGGAACAUACUUGUCUGGGUAACAAAAGAACAGAGAAUUUUGAACAACUGAAGAGAAGUAGGUUAUAUAUG